CCUCGGUGACGCCCAAUGGGAAGAUGGAGACAAACCCAGGGGGUGAGGGGGGUUCUUUUUCUGCUUCAGCCAGUGCUAUUAGCACAUCGCAAGGAAACUCCCUGGAGGAUGCAAAUAUGGAGAGAACGUUACCACAUGAUGCACACGGCUUCGAUCAGUGCCGAAGAAAAGUGGCCGGAGGCACUGAGUAAAGUGGGUGGCGACAGGUGGGGGCACGGCUAUGAGCGCGGGCAGGGCGAGAAGGCGGGCAACGCGGCGACGACGGAGUUGACGACGGCGGACGGGCGGCGCGACGACGGCUGCGGCGAAGCGAAGGCGACAUCAGCGGGGGGCAGUUCUCCCCAUCCGGAGGGCCGUCGACCGACGCAAUCGACGGCGGUGGGUGGGCGGCACACCGACCACGGAGACGAAGAUAGCGGAGGCGAGUGGACGACGCGGCGAUGGUUGCGGGUUGCCGGUCCUCCCCAUCUGGAGAGGGCGACCGGCCGGCACAGUCGACGGCGGCGGGCGGGCGGCGCGUCGACCGCGGAGGCGAAGACGGCGGAUGCGGGUGGGGGCGUUCUCGCCGCCGAUGAGAGCGCUGGUUUCGCUGCUUUACACGGUGCGCCGUGUGUUAGUCAUCGUCGAUUGGGUCUACGACGCGUGGGCCAACCGCCACGGCGCCAUCGGUGGCGAGCGGGCGGCGCGUCGACCGCGGAGGCGAAGACGGCGGAUGCGGGUGGCCGACGCAGUCGUCAGUGGCAGGGGGUAGGGACGGCUGGAAGGGGGUGCGAGGAGGAAGAAUGGGGCGUCGAAGGAGGGAAGCGGAGGACGACAAGGACGACGUCGCCGGUACGGGAGGUGGAGAAGACGGCGCGGGCAAGGUCGGAAGUCGGGGGCGCGGCGGAGAGGAGCUGGAGCAACUCCCCGGCGGGGGAGCGGUGGGGUUGAGUGGUGGAAGAAGAGAUGAAGCAGGGGUAUUUUAGGAAAUACAUUAGCCUGCAUUUGGUUCCACUAGCUCUCAAGGUGCAUAAAAUGGCAUGUUUAAGAAUUGUAAUGUCAUUUACGAUUAGGUGAAUUGUAAUUGCAUUUUUCUAAACUGUCAUAUUUGUAAUGGCAUGCCCUAUUUGGUUUUGUAUAAAAAA